CACAUCACAUCGCGAUAUUUUUGUGGCUCUUUUGGGUGUGUGCUUUCUUCAUGUGUGUUGUGCUACUUAUGUGGAUUAUUAGGUGAUACUCUUCUUUUUACUGGAUUGUGAUCCUAAACCGCAAAAAUGCCGAAAUCGAUGAAUGUCCGGGUGACGACGAUGGACGCGGAGCUGGAGUUCGCGAUCCAGCAGACGACCACUGGCAAGCAGCUCUUCGACCAGGUCGUGAAGACAAUCGGCCUCCGUGAGGUCUGGUUCUUCGGGCUCCAAUACACCGACUCCAAAGGCGACCUCACGUGGAUCAAGCUCUACAAGAAGGUUAGUAGAAAUUGCCUCUUAUGCCUGGUUGCUAUAUUCUGGAAACUGUUCGUUUUGCUUACGUGUCGUAGCAAAUUGUAAUC